GCUGACGCGUUCAGCAAUGAAACUGAAGGAGAGACAACAGGAGGCUGAGUCCCUGGUCCUAGAGUUGGAGGAGUUGAAGAGGGAGCAGACUGGCUAUGAACAACAGAUCCUGGCAGUAGACGAAGCCCAUGAAGACGAUCCAGGAACAGAUAGACAACAUGUCCACCACCGUGGCAGAGAACAAGGAGUCUGUGCGUAAGGCCCAGGAGGAGUUGACUAGACAGAAAGAGGUGAUCGUAGCCCAGGACAAAGAGAUCAAGGGUAAAAGUACAGAAGCCAACCAUAUGAGAGAGAGAACCAAUGAGUCUCAGUUGAAGAUUAAAGAGUUGGAACACAACAUCAGCAAACACCGUAAAGACAGUCAGGAUGCUGCUGCUAAGGUGUCUCGUAUGUUAGAGGAACACGAGUGGAUCAGUCAGGAGAGAGGCCUGUUCGGCCAGCCCAACACGGGAUACGACUUCAAGGUCAACAACCCUAAAGAGGCGGGCCAGAGGCUGAGGAAGCUGGAAGAGUCCAAGACACGACUGGAGAGAUCUGUCAACAAGAGAGCCAUGAACAUGUUGAGUCAGGCUGAGGAGAGGUAUAAUGACCUGAUGAAGAAGAAGAGGAUCGUAGAGAAUGACAAGUCUAAGAUCCUCCAGACCAUAGAGGAGCUGGACCAGAAGAAGAAGGAGGCCCUCAACAUCGCCUGGCAGAAGGUGAAUAAAGACUUUGGCAGUAUCUUCUCCACCCUGCUGCCGGGGGCUGAUGCCCGUCUGGCCCCUCCUGAGGGCUGCGGGGCCUUAGAGGGCCUGGAGUUCAAGGUGGCUCUGGGAAACACGUGGAAGGAGAACCUCACUGAACUCAGCGGAGGACAGAGGUCUCUGGUAGCCUUGUCUCUGAUCCUGGCCAUGUUGCUGUUUAAACCUGCUCCCAUCUACAUCUUGGACGAAGUGGAUGCUGCCCUGGACCUCUCACACACACAGAACAUAGGACAGAUGUUGAGGACACACUUCACACACUCCCAGUUUGUGGUGGUCUCUCUGAAGGAUGGCAUGUUUACCAACGCCAACGUUCUGUUCAAGACCAAGUUUGUAGACGGGGUGUCUGCCGUGUCCCGUACCACCCAGGCCCAACCAGACCAGAACAGGGGGCCGCGGAAAGGCACGUCUCAUCGGCCGCAGGCACAAAAAAGAAUCGCUAACUAGUUCAUGUCUGUAGCUAGCUAGAGAGGCUAACUGAUGUUUCUACGCGUCUUGUUUGUCCUUAUGUACGUUAAGGUCUUCACUAAAAGGCCUUUCUACAAUGAUUUACUUGUCCAUCCAACGAGCCGUCUGGCUUAACAUAACCUGCAUAUAGCAAUUCUUCUGUCCUUGUAUACAGAUGUUUGUGUGUCUGAAACAUACUGGUUCUACACCAUGAAUAUUAUGUCUUGUUGCUUAAAAUAAAAGCCGUUUUCACAAACAG